CGCUUACUCUCUCAUUCAUUAUUCUCAACAACAGAAAAGACAGAAAAGAGAUAAUAAUAUACCUAUGGCUUUCGUUCACCCUAUCUUUGCUUCAGUGAAUCACCCAAUAUUUUCUCCAAACAAAUGCUCAGUUUUUCUGGGUGUGAAGCUCAUCCCCGAGCAUGCCUAUAGUAGAUGCCAUAGUAAAAAACAUUUUACUAUUGCCUUGAACCAAAAUAUCCACAUUUCUAAAAAUGGAAAAGGAAGGGAUGCUCUUCAAAUCAGACAUGCUAAAGCAUUAGAGGAAGUUAAGCGCGAACUUGUUAGCAAGACAAGGCAAAAUGCAGAUCAUGGUUUAUCCAUGGUGGACUCCAUCCAAAGAUUAGGCAUCGAGUACCAUUUUGAAGAGGAAAUUGAAACUAUUCUUAAAAAGAAGCUUCUGAUGCUUAGAGUUCACAACCAUCAAGGAAGGGCUUAUCAAGAACUAUCAGAAGUUGCACUUCAAUUUCGUCUGUUAAGACAAGAAGGGUAUUACAUCCAUGCAGACAUAUUUGAUAAGUUCUGGGGCAAUGAAGGCAAGCUCAAACUAACAUUCUGUGAUGACAUAAAUGGAUUAAUUGGCUUGUUUGAAGCCUCUCAAUUAAGCAUAGAAGGAGAAGAUUAUCUUCAUGAAGCAGAGGAAUGCUGCCGCCAGUAUCUUAAUACAUGGUUGAGUAGAUUUCAUGAGCAUCCUCAAGUGAAAGUUGUGGCAGAUUCAUUACGGUAUCCUAUUCAUAGAAGUUUGUCAAGGUUCACACCGACAAACUCUUUACAAAUAGAAAGUACAGAAUGGAUAAGAUCUUUACAAGAAUUGUCCAAAAUAGACACCGAAAUGGUUAGCUCUUUGCAUCUGAAGGAAAUGUUUGCAGUUUCCAAAUGGUGGAAAGAACUAGGUCUGGCAAAGGACUUGAAGUUAGCUAGAGAUGAACCAAUAAAAUGGUACAUGUGGGCAAUGGCAUGCCUCCCAGAUCCACGAUUCUCGGAAGAAAGGAUUGAACUCACAAAACCGCUGUCCCUAGUCUACAUUAUUGAUGAUAUAUUUGAUUUUUGUGGAAAUAUUGAUGAACUCACUCUCUUUACAGAAGCUGUCAAGAGGUGGGACAUGGCAGCCACGGAGCAAUUACCAGACUACAUGAAAGGGUGCUUUAAGGCCCUUUAUGACAUUACUAACGAAUUUGCUUUCAAGAUCCAAAUCAAACAUGGAUGGAAUCCUAUAAGCACCUUAAUAAAAUCGUGGGUAAGGCUCUUGAAUGCAUUCCUGGAAGAAGCAAAAUGGUUUGCUUCUGGGCUUGUGCCAAAGGCAGAUGAUUACUUGAAGAAUGGGAUAGUGAGCACUGGGGCGCAUAUGAUCCUUGUUCACUCAUUCUUUUUCAUGGGUGACGCUAUAACCCAGGAAACCAUCACUCUAAUGGAUGAAUUCCCAAGCAUUAUAUCUGCCACAGCCACAAUUCUUAGGCUGUGUGAUGACCUUGAAGGGGACCAGGAUGUUAAUGUUAAAGGUGAUGAUAAUGAUGGGUCGUAUAUAAAGUGUUACAUGAAGGAGCACCCAGCAACUUCUGUUGAACAGGCACGGGAGCAUGUCGCUGAAUUGAUUUCGGAUGCAUGGAAACGUCUCAACCAAGAAUGUCUCAUGACAGAUGCAAAUCUGUUCCCAUCAUCUUUCACUAAACUUUGCCUAAAUGCUGCUCGAAUGGUACCUCUGAUGUACGGUUAUGACACAAAUAGCCCAUCGAAGCUUGAAGAGUAUGUGAAAUCAUUGCUUUGUGGUGGUGCUAUGCAGAGUAUUCCAGAAGACCAGACCAUUGUUUCAUGAAAUUAAUAAUCUUACAUAGAGAGCAUCGAGAUAGAUAUAAUCUCGCUAGACCACAACAAAUAAAAUUAUUUAUGUUCUUUCUAAUUAGGGUGUACUAAGAUCAAUUGUGUAAAGAAAAGUAAAAAAUUAUGUGGAAAUGCAUUUUUAAAUUCAUGCUGCAAAAUGGCAUUUGCAUUCU